AUGACACUGGACUCUCCGUUCUUGACCGAGGUGGAGGACUUCUUUGACUCAUGCGACCUGCUAACACUUCCACUAAGCGAACCUUCAAAACACGAUGUCAACAUUAACAGUGAGACGUCCAAAUCUGGAGUCGAGCAAAGUAGUAUUGGGAAGACUGUUAUCGAUGUCUGGAUGGAGAAUGGUAAUGCUGUGUCACUAGAAACGCGUUUAGCGUCCGAGGCACGGCAUCGACAGUUGAGGUCAGCAAUUGCAGCACAGACUACACUGAUUCGAGCAUAUCAAAGUCUGACUUACGACAAACUGGUUAAUGUCGAGUCUCUGGAGCGGGGAGGCAGCAGGAACUAUUAUCAUUGUGACAGGCUACGCCUCGAGUCAUUCGAUAGCGAGUUUUACAGAACGUCUGCUCGAACUUUCAACGCUGUCUACUUUCAAACCGAUACGGUGUUCGAUGCCGCUGGUUUGGACGCGACGGACGAGCAUUGCGGGGCACUCACGCAGGAGCAGAGAGACGAGAGUGACAACAGUUACUUCCAGCACACGUACAAGCGUAAGUUCCCGUUCGACUUCGCGCAUGCUUGUGGUAUGCUGAAGCGUACACUCUCAGUACAUCUGCGAGAGGAUCAGCAGCUCUACGACGGAAUCGAAGAUCCCGGCAGUAUCGUAGCCAUCAAGUUUCGAGUGAGCACCCGACUGAAGAUAGGCAAAGAUGCAUCUGUGCUGCUUCGUGUCAUUAACCGGCAAUACCGAGAAGACGAUCGGAUGGUAGUCGUGUGGCGAACUUUUGCUGAGGGAGAGGAGGGAGCUUUCGCUGGAAUGCAUGCAGACGAACUUGGAUGGUGUGUGGUGAGUGGAGACGAAAGGAGCUCUGUACUGAGACUUUACGCGUGUUACAUGCCGAUGAAUUUCAUGAACGAGGUGGUGAGUGAUGGAGCCGUGCUUGCAAAGCGCUUUGCAGAUAUGGUGGUCGAAGCCAGCACUUCCAAUUGUGACGAAAUAGCCGGUAGCCUGGAAAAGUUUCUUCUGAAUGACCAGAAAAGUCACGAUUAG